ACAAACAAGAAGCUUGCGCAAUGCAAAACACAACAUAGCUCACGCUGCUCUCUGUUGCAUUGUGUCGCGUAGGUAUUGCGUUGCGAGAGACGCAACGACGUCUCGUUUGAGGAGAUGAAGUUUCUGCUGAAGAAAUGUUUGCGCAAAAAGGCGCCCGAGAUGAAACCGGGCGCCAUACUCGAUGCCGUCAUCUCGCAAUCCUCGGCCACGGCCUGCAAAUGCCUGCUCUACAAGCUGGCCGACUACAAGCGUGGUGGAGAUCUGAUUGAUGCCAUCAACACGGGCGGCUUGAUUGCGGUGGAGCAACUGAUACGGGAACAGUUUGGGGUAUUCAUGUACAAUGAUGGCAAGGGUCAGAUGAUCAAUCGUGCCGAAUUCCUGCGCUGGAAGUACCGCGAUCACACCGAGGUCACUAUACCGAUUGAGGCAUCGCUGUCGAUCCACGAUCCGCUGGGCAAAUGGGAGGAUCACAAGGCCUGCUGGCAGAUGCAAUAUCGUGGCGCUUUGGGCGAAAGCCUGCUGCAUGUGCUCAUCAUUUGCGACUCCAAGAUCCAUACGAAACUCGCGCGUGUCUUGCUGCGCGUCUUUCCAAAUCUUGCUCUGGACGUGAUGGAGGGGGAGGAAUAUUUGGGGGCCAGUGCGUUGCAUCUAUCGAUUGCGUAUAGCAAUAACGAACUCGUUGCGGAUCUCAUUGAAGCCGGCGCGGACAUCAAUCAGCGUGCGAUUGGCAGCUUCUUUUUGCCACGCGAUCAGCAGCGCAUGAAUCCGGCCAAGAGCACCGACUACGAGGGUUUGGCUUACAUGGGCGAGUAUCCGUUGGCCUGGGCCGCCUGCUGUGCCAAUGAGAGCGUCUACAAUCUGCUCGUCGACUGUGGUGCUGAUCCCGAUGCCCAGGACUCCUUUGGCAACAUGAUACUGCACAUGGUUGUCGUAUGCGACAAGCUGGACAUGUUUGGCUAUGCUCUGCGACAUCCCAAGACACCGGCCAAGAACGGUAUUGUCAAUCAGACGGGUCUGACGCCUCUCACGCUCGCCUGCAAGCUCGGUCGUGCUGAGGUCUUUCGUGAGAUGUUGGAGCUCUCGGCUCGCGAGUUUUGGCGCUACAGUAACAUCACUUGCUCCGGAUAUCCGUUGAACGCGCUCGACACGCUGCUGCCGGACGGACGCACCAAUUGGAAUUCUGCCUUGUUCAUCAUUCUGAACGGCACAAAGCCAGAGCAUCUGGACAUGUUGGACGGUGGCAUUAUACAACGUUUGCUAGAGGAGAAAUGGAAAACCUUUGCCCAGAAUCAGUUUCUCAAGCGAUUGCUCAUUCUCUCCACCCAUUUACUUUGUCUAUCCGUCUCCGUGUAUCUGCGUCCUGCGCACGAUGGCGACGAGGGCGAUGACGAUGAUCAAGGAUCCGCACCAGCGACUGCCGCACUCAAGGAUGACGACGAAACCGAUACAAAUGGGAAUGGAAAUGGCGAUGAUUAUAAUGCGCAGACCGUGGCGCGUUACUGUGCCGAGCUGGCGACAAUUGCUGGCGUGCUCAGCUAUGUGGUCUUUCAGCAGGGCGACGAGAUCAAGAACCAGGGACUUUCUGCCUUUCUCAAGCAGCUGUCCCAUGCUCCAGCAAAGGCCAUAUUUCUGUUCUCCAAUCUGUUGAUCCUCGCCUGCAUACCAUUUCGACUCAUCGGCGACACGGACACCGAGGAGGCCAUUCUCAUCUUUGCUGUGCCCGGCAGCUGGUUUCUGCUCAUGUUUUUCGCCGGUGCCAUUCGAUUGACGGGACCUUUUGUGACCAUGAUCUAUUCGAUGAUCACUGGCGACAUGUUCACCUUUGGCAUCAUCUAUUCGAUUGUGCUGUGCGGCUUCUCGCAGGCCUUCUACUUCCUCUACAAGGGUCAUCCGCAGGUGCAGUCGACCAUGUUCAACACCUACACCAGCACCUGGAUGGCCCUCUUUCAGACCACCCUAGGCGACUACAAUUAUCCCGAUCUCAAUCAGACCACAUAUCCGAAUCUCUCCAAGACCGUCUUUGUGAUCUUUAUGAUCUUUGUGCCGAUUCUACUGCUCAACAUGUUGAUUGCCAUGAUGGGCAACACUUAUGUCACAGUCAUCGAGCAGUCGGAGAAGGAGUGGAUGAAGCAAUGGGCCAAAAUCGUCGUCACACUCGAGCGUGCUGUGCCUCAAGCGGAUGCCAAGGGAUAUCUUGAGGCCUACUCCAUACCGCUGGGUCCGGCGGACGAUACAGGCUUCGAGGUGCGCGGCGUUAUGGUCAUCAAAAGCAAGAGCAAGACCCGAGCCAAGCAGCGCAAAGGCGCUGUCUCCAACUGGAAGCGAGUGGGACGCGUUACGUUGACGGCGCUGAAGAAACGCGGCAUGACCGGCGAGGAGAUGCGUCGCCUGAUGUGGGGUCGUGCCUCCAUCUCCAGUCCCGUGAAGGUGACCAAGCAAAAGCUCAAGGAUCCCUACAAUCUGCAUACCGAAUCAGAUUUCACCAAUGCCAUGGAUAUGCUGAGCUUUGCCAACAAUCCGGCCUCCAGCAAUGGCGUCCAAUUGCGCACGACAACGACAACAGCUCCAGUGGCUGCUCCUGCUCCGGAUCCAUUUCGCGAGCUAAUCCUUAUGUCGGAUCAACGACCGGAUACCCACGAUCCGCACUAUUUUGCCGGCUUGCAGCAGCUGGCCAACAAGGCGUUCGAUUUGGUUGAACAGACGCUUAAGACACAACCGCAGCUAGCCAAGAAGCCUGCGGUGCCUCCUGUUCCCACUGUUUCCACAUCUCAAGCGCCAGCUGCAGCAACAGCUGCUCCAGUUGAUGCUGCCGCUCCAUCGCCUGCCUUGAUCAUGCCCAUGCCGGGCAAUCUAACCAACUUGUUUCAGGAUCCCAAGGACAUUGUGGACCCCAAGAAACUGGAGGAGUUCAUGAACAUGCUGGCCGAGGUCGAGACGGAGGAGAGCGACAGCGGUGGUCCCAUUCUAGGCAAACUAUCCCUGGCCAAGCGCACACACAAUGCGCUCUCCAAGGCGGACAUUCAGCGGGCAUCGCAUUUCGAUGGCAAACCUGCCAUGUGCUCAGUGUGGGGGCAACAAUUGCCCGAGCUAGACCUGGAGCCGGGCUUUAAUUUUGAGGAGGCUGUGGCCGAGGAGGUGCUUACCAUUGAGCAGGAGGCCGAGGUGGAGACCGAGGACGGCAACGGUGGCCAGGACAGCGAAGAUUUGCCGACCGAGGAGCAGGUGCAUGCGACCAUGAAGCAGUUCCAUCUACGCAAAUGCCAGCCGGCUCAGGAUGAGGCAGCGCGUCGCGCCAAAAGCGCACGCAUUCGCCGGAAGAACAAAGUUUCGCCGGAGGAGAGCGAUGCGGAGCUGGAGAGCAAGCGUCAGGCAACGUCACGCGGUCGUUCCGCCCAUGGACGCAAGGCAGAGUCGCCACCUGAUCCUCUGGAACCGUGGAGCACUCGAGAGCUACAGGACAUCAAUAAGAUACUCGGCAAGAAGAAAUAAAUGGAGGAUUCUUUUUUGUUUUUGUUUUUUUUUU